UCGAUUCCUUCGCCUUCUGUAGACGGAUUCAGGAAAUGGCGGUAGCCCAGUUCUCGGUCUCGAGCGUCCUUCAACUAUCUAGCCACUGCAGGAGCCGACAAACUCUCUUUGUUGAUCGCGUAAGUUAUGGUGAAAGCUCUGCUUGCGUUCGACUCAGCUCCGUCUGUCGAUACCGGCAUCGUCAACCAGAAAGCUCGCCUCUUGUGCGCGCUUUGUCGAGAGAUUGCACCGCAGUGAUCGACGAUGUUUCGUGGUUCGCUAAGAAGAUCGAGGAGUACGUGCACGAAGGGUUGUUUGAAGAUGCAGUGAUGGCUUAUGUUCAAAUGCUUGACUGCGGACUACCGGCAGAGGAAUUCGGGUCAUUCCCGUCUCUGAUUAAGGCAUUUGGUGCUGUUUCGGACGUAGAAAUGGCUCGACAGAUCCACGGGCAGGUGCUCAAACUCGGAGUUUUGGAUGAUAUAAGUGUUGCCAAUUCUAUCCUUGGGAUGUACUGGAAAUGCAUGUCGGGUGAUGCUCUUCAUAUGUUUGAGAAAUUGCCCGAGAGGGACUCAGUCACGUGGAACACAAUGAUCUCUGGGUUCUGCCGUACUGGCGACUACUCAAGGUCGAUGGCAGUUUUCAGGCGAAUGGUAAGCGAAGUCCCCAAUUUGUAUCCCAAUCGAGUUGCCUGCCUUUCGGUUUUUUCAGCUUGUGCUUCGGUUUCUGAUUUGACGCGGGGCCGUGAAGUCCAUGGUUAUGUUGUCAAAACUGGCAUGCUGCAUGAUCAGUUUUUGGUUACCAGCCUGAUCGAUAUGUACAUGAAAUGUGGCGACGUAAAGAGAGCCGAAAAUGUUUUCCAAAGGGCUUUGUCUGACAACUCUUUCAGAGAAAAUCUGGUAAUUUGGAACGCGAUGAUCUUCGGGUAUGCUUCCAAUGAGAACACGCAUGAGGCGCUGACACUUUUAUUCAAGAUGAUAGAUUUGGGUACAAAACCCGAUUCUUCAACAGUGGUGGCUGCUUUAAUCUCAUGCUCACAUUCUUUGCAUAUAGGCAUCGGCAAGCAAGUGCAUGGACUUGCUUAUAGAAUCGGACUGGAAGAUGAUGUGAGAGUUCAGACAGCUCUUAUAGACAUGUAUUUCAAAUGUGGCGAUGCUGAAGCUGGUGAGAAGAUAUUCGGAACUUGUCAAAACAGUAAUGUAGUCAUGUGGGGUACUGUGAUCUCCAACUUUGCAAAGAUUGGCUUCCCCUCUAAGGCGUUGGAUUUAUGCCAUAAAUUUGUGAGGGAGUAUUGCUUUGCAGAUUCGGUGAUAGUUUUGGCUGCACUGAGGGCAUGUUCGUCCCUGAACUUGAAGCAAACUGGCAUGGGAUUUCACGGCCUCGCCACAAAGAUCGGGCUUGCUUCUGAUGUUUUGGUUGGAAGUGCCCUGGUUGAUAUUUAUGCCAAAUGUGGGAAUAUCAAGUCAGCUGAAAAUGUAUUUUGUGGACUGUCUUCAAGGGAUGUGAUCUCAUGGAAUGCACUGAUAUCGGGAUAUGCCCAGAAUGAGUAUGCAGAUGAAUCUCUGAGGGCACUUCGAGAUAUGCAAUUGGAGAAUAUUAGACCCAAUUCGGUAACAGUUGCUUCUGUUCUUUCCGUAUGUGCUCAGUUAGCUGCCAUGAAUUUGUGCAAGGAGAUUCAUGGUUACGUAUUACGGCAAGGACUGGAGUCGAACAUUCUCGUGAGUAAUGCUUUAAUAACCACCUAUGCAAAAUGUGGCUACAUAGACGCUUCUCUCUGUAUAUUCAACAAUAUGGACGAAAGAAAUCAGAUAUCAUGGAACUCUAUACUACUGGGAUUGGGAAUUCAUGGGUGUGCAGAGGAAACAUUCAGUUUAUUUGAGAAGAUGAAAUCAUCGGGUGUGACGCUUGAUCACAUGACUUUCACCGCUCUCCUUUCUGCUUGCAGCCAUUCAGGUAGAGUUGAUAAGGGUUGGGAGUACUUCAGAAGCUUAAUGGAUGAAUAUAACCUUGAGCCUCGACUUGAGCAGUACACUUGCAUGGUUGAUCUUUUGGGCCGAGCUGGGAAUUUUGAACAGGCAUAUCAUCUAAUCUUGUCCAUGCCUUGUGACCCCGACGAUAGAAUUUGGGGUUCGUUGCUUGGUUCAUGCAAAAUCUACGGUGAUGAGAGGCUCGCGAACAUUGCAGCCAAUCACAUUUUUGAACUCAAUUCAAAUACUAUUGGUUAUCGUGUCCUCCUCGCGAACUUAUACGAAGAUUAUGACAAGUGGAGCGAAGUUGAUAAGGUUAGAUCAGAAAUCAGAGAUCGAGGGCUCAGGAAGACACCUGGUUGCAGCUGGAUCGAAGUUAAUAACAGCACCCAUGCUUUCAGUGCUGGAGAUUGUUCUCAUGAAAAGUGGCAGGAAAUCUAUGCUUGCCUUGGAAGUUUGACAGCAGACAUCACAAGAGAAGGUUAUGUUCCCAGAUCAAGCAGAGGUUGUUUCGGUCUUGACGUUUCUUGUGGUUAAAAAAUUUCUACCUGGGAAACGAAGAAUUUGUUCAGCUUUGGCUGCACCAGAUGAUCUGCAGCUUUGAGGGCUCCUUUUCCUAAUCAGAUGAUGUUCAUAAGGUUCAACUCCAAAACUUUCCAAGCAGCUUGAUCUUCCAUCCUAUUCCUGGGAAGGGUAUUGUGCGCUGUUCCCGUCGUUUCCCAUGGCGCUGUUCAGAAGCGAUUUCAAAACCUUGCAGCGUGUAAAAUUCCUUACGGUUGCAGCAGGAUCUAUGUGGUGUUCAUAAGGUUCAACUACCUUCAAAGCAGCUUGAUCUUCCAUCCUAUUCCUGGGAAGGGUAUUGUGCGCUGUUCCCGUCGUUUCCCAUGGCGCUGUUCAGAAGCGAUUUCAAAACCUUGCAGCGUGUAAAAUUCCUUACUAUUGCAGCAGGAUCUCUGUGGUGUUCAUAAAGGUUUAACUCCGAAACCUUCAAAGCAGCUUGAUCUUCCAUCCUAUUCCUGGGAAGGGUAUUGUGCCCCGUUCCCAAGUACCUCAUACGCACAGCUCGUUUCCUAUGGUGCUGUUCAGAAGCGAUCAGAAAACCUUACACCGUGUAAUUCCUUGCGGUUGCAGCAGGAUCUCUGUUACUAAAUUUGGAGCUUGCACUCGAGAUCCUAUCAGUAGGUGGCCUCCAGCAGGACAUUACAUUGUUCAUCUGAAAUGGCAUUGAGUUACACCAUAUUGAUCCCCUCAAA